AUGGUGCACCGUACUCCUAGCCUCGACCAUCACUCCACAACGCGUGGCUUUAACACUGCACUGGUAGCUUCGAGCAUCACAACUGCAGACCUCUCGCUCCCGGGCACCAUGUACGAGGAUGCAUGGUACAGUUUUGUACCGGAGGCCACCGGGAAGAAUGCCGCAAGCAACAAUGCCUCACAUGGGCACAAGCGAAAGGAAUCGCUUUUGCAGCAGCCCAACGCUACGGGGAAGGGCCAGCAGAUACCGCAAUCGAUAGGCGCGCUCUCUAAUGACCUAGAGGAAGUCAAUGGACCUCCAGAAGCGACAAUUCUCCGGCGCGCAGCGUCAUAUGCCGAUUGCCGCCAUGCGCAAGAGGCUCCCCAUCAUGGGGCCACGCCAAAGAAGCAGGGCGGUCGCAGGAGUAGGAAUUGGGACGCAUUGGUCCUCAGUACGGACGCGAAGCACACUCCCAAAUCACACAGCGAUCUGCCAUCGAACGAUUUAUUCGACGAACAGCUUGUCGAGGCUAGUCAGCAGGAAUACUUACUAUACCGAGACCAACUUCCCCUUACAGAGCGACACCUCGAUGGACUGAUAAACGAUGCGAACACGACUCUCGAACUAUUGACGAAGCUAUCCAACUCGUUUCAGUCGGUCGAGGCGCAAACGUCCACCUUCCAGGCCCAAUGCGAGGAGGUCCUCACAGAGCAGACGCGACUAGAGAAGCUCGCGAAUGAGGUCGGAACCGACUACUACUAUUACUCAUACCUCGACAACGCGACGAGACGACUAAAUGCGCCAGGCGCUGGCCGGCUGGUCGACGACGAAUCCUUUGGAGAGAUGGUGGAAAAUAUUGACGCCUGCGUCGCAUUCAUGGAAGACCAUGAAACUUAUCGCGAGCGUGACUCGUACCUCGCACGAUACAAUGCGCUGCUGACCAAAUCCCUGCACUUGCUAGAUCAUGGCUUCAGCUCUCGGCUCGAAAAGGUCUCGUCAGAGAUUGCCAAGCAAUUAUCAACAACAAAAUCGGAAUCGACCAGACAUGCGCUUGCAUAUGGACGUUUCGAAGAAAUGCUCACGGACUCGUAUGCUCUGCUACCAAAUAUUCACAAAGUAACGCGGCGUGUAUACGACCAAUACGGACGGUUCGACAGCGGAAUACGCAAUUCUUCCAUAUUCUCCAGCUCGACACUCAGCAUGCUCCGCACAUACCUCACUACUCGCGACCGAGACGUGAAAAUGCUGACACAGCAUGAUGUAGAGGAAUACCAAAAAGAAACUAAGGACUUGUCUUUGGAGACGGCAUCGCGCAACUAUAUAAAGCAAACGCUGGAGCGAGUGCACAAUGAAAACAGCCUAUUCUUCAAAGUGUUCAACAUUGAGCCUACGUGGAAUACUUCUUCCGAUUCGGUUUUUCAGUCUAUCAAGACGGUGCAGACGACAAUGGUACAUCCCGGAAAUUUGCAGCCAAUGGCUACACAGCUUCAGACGUCGUUCCAGACUGCUGAAAUUCAGUCUGUCUGCAAUGUUGUGGGGUGGAUUGCCAACGAAUAUGGCAUAUCGGAGACUGACGAAGAUGAAGAUCCGAUCGCGCCGAAGCAAUAUAGAGAAUAUGCCGCUCGCCUGCUUGUUGAGCACUUGUGGCCAUUCGUGGACAAUGUCUUUGAGACGGAGAUUAGCAAGUCUAUUACCAAGGCUGUCGUGGCAGAUGAUGCACUGAAGAUUGGUCCCGUGGUGGAUGGUGUGUCUUCGUCUAACGCAUACCCCUUGGUGCAGAAGGCUGUCGAGCUUUUGCGAAUGUUUGACCGCGCCAUGCCCAAAGAGAGAUCAUCCCAAAACAGCCAGGUAGUCUUUCGUGUCGUGCGUGAGGCGAUCCAGGUACUGCAGCAGGCAUCCUCACGCAUACAAACACAGAAGCUGGGCACAGAUGCAGACCUCUUCAUGGUCAAGAAUCUACUCAUCAUCAAGAACGAGCUGCUAUCACUGGAGAUUGGCGACAUUCGCAGCCAGCCGCCUGCCAUGCAGCACUUUGGUCAGAUGUGGGAGACGCUCAGCCCGCAGAACCUCGUCGGUAUCGUCGGCAACAUUGGCACCAUGCUGGGUGGCCAGUUGUGGUCGCGCGGCGCAGCAGCACCGACACCAGCGCCUUCGGUGACGGCCAAGACGCUGACCGUCGAGGACAUGAAUGAGCAGCUGGACGAGUUGCUGCGGCAGUCCAUCUACGGCUUCACCAAGCGCUGGGCGGGCCGCGUCAAGGACGCGGAGAGCAGCAGGUCGGGCGCCAAGCCCCUGGCUACGGUCGAGAGUGAGCUGGAGACGGCUCUGCAGAUGGCGUUUAGCAACCAGCCGGAAGUGAUUGGCAAGCUCAAGGAGGCGAUUACCUUUUACGAGGAGGAUACGGCGGCGCGGUCGGGAAAGCGAGACAUGAAAUAG